AUGAUCGCGAGUGGAGAUAAAGGCGACCCUUGCCGAAAAUUGGGUUCGACCGUCGUCGAGUGAAGUUCCAAAACUCUCACUCUCGACCGGGGCGCGCAGGUCAGGUCAACUCUCGCCUCGAAGACGAAUUUUUUGAAAGUCAGAAGAAUCGAUAAUGUAGGUGUGGAAUAUUCGGGCAGGACGAUUUGUGUAUCCAGGCGGCCGCUAGAACUGGACACGACAAGAAGACGGGAAAUUCAAAGCCAAGGAAUCUGGAGACACACAAUAAAUCCGGGAAUGGCUGAAGAAGGCGUGGUCGACGGACGGAAAAUACGAGGCGGCCGCCGCGCGGAACCAACCAACCAAACGCGAGAAGAAGCAAGAUUUAAGCUGCUAGCCUCCGAUUCGAACGCCUGCUUAAUCGAGAAAGAGAGUCAGAGAGAGGGAGAACGCCACAGCAAAUAUUGCACCACCGGUUGGUCAGUCCGUGGUGGCCGUCAGUGCCAGAACAACAACUCUUUGUUUAUUUGUUUAAAUUCAGACUAA